GCCUCUCCCGGAGGAAGCCGCGUGGAGCCGCAUUUUCGGGAGGGACGGGCGAAUGCAAAUCUCUCCCACAAGCGGCGGCAGCAGAAGGAGGAGGAGGAGGAGGAGGAGGAGGAGAAAGGCGAAGCCCUGGUUGGAGCCACACGCCUCGGCUUCAGCUUAGAGCCUCAGCCAGUGGAGGAGGAGGAGGAGGAGGAAGAAAAGGAGGAGGAAGAAAAGGAGGAGGAAGAAGAGCGAAGAAGGGGGUCUGCAGGCGCAACAAAGCCAGGCAAGCCUCCUUUUCGCGCGGCCGCAACUCAGCCUCGGAGCCGGCUUUGUCUCCCGGGUGGCAUCCUUUGCAGCCGACGAGGAAAGGGCGUUUGGGCUUGGUCCUAGAUAAAAGUUCAAGAUGUCUUUUGUGAGAGAUAUGGAGCUGGAACACUUUGAUGAGCGUGAUAAAGCACAGCGGUACAGUCGAGGGUCGCGGGUGAACGGUCUGCCCAGCCCGACCCAUAGCGCUCAUUGCAGCUUCUACCGAACCCGCACUCUACAGACCCUCAGCUCUGAGAAGAAAGCCAAGAAAGUCCGCUUCUAUCGCAACGGUGACCGGUAUUUCAAGGGAAUUGUAUAUGCCAUCUCUCCUGAUCGGUUUAGGUCUUUUGAGGCCCUGCUGGCUGAUCUGACCCGAACUCUCUCUGAUAAUGUCAAUCUGCCCCAGGGUGUGAGAACAAUCUACACCAUUGAUGGAGUAAAAAAGAUUACCACCUUAGACCAACUGGUGGAAGGAGAGAGCUACGUGUGUGGUUCAAUAGAGCCUUUCAAGAAGCUGGAGUACACAAAGAAUGUAAAUCCUAAUUGGUCAGUGAAUGUCAAAACCACCUCGGCUGCCCGCGCAGUGGCCUCUCUUGGUGCGGCCAAAGGAAGUCCUUUGGAUUCAAAGGAGAAUAAGGAUUUCAUUCGGCCUAAGCUGGUCACAAUCAUCAGGAGCGGCGUGAAGCCACGUAAAGCAGUCCGGAUUCUGCUUAACAAGAAGACAGCACAUUCAUUCGAACAGGUUCUCACUGAUAUUACUGAUGCCAUCAAACUGGAUUCAGGAGUAGUCAAGCGCCUGUACACACUUGAUGGGAAACAGGUGAUGUGCCUUCAGGACUUUUUUGGUGAAGAUGACAUAUUUAUUGCAUGUGGCCCGGAAAAGUUUCGUUACCAGGAUGACUUUUUGCUAGAUGAAAGUGAAUGUCGGGUAGUGAAAUCCACCUCCUAUACCAAAAUAGCUUCGACACCACGUAGGAGUGCUACCAAGAGCCCAGGCCCAUCUAGACGCAGCAAAUCUCCAGCAUCCACCAGCUCAGUCAAUGGAACUCCUGGUAGCCAGCUUUCUACUCCCCGCUCUGGGAAGUCUCCAAGCCCUUCUCCCACCAGCCCAGGAAGCCUGCGGAAGCAGAGGGACCUGUAUCGCCCACUCUCUUCGGAUGAUUUGGAUUCAGUAGGAGACUCUGUGUAAAAACAGAAAAUGGAACAGUGCUUAAUGGUUUGUGACUGGGUGAAAGUUUAACACUUCUUAAGAAUGUAGUUAGUUGCUAAUCAAUAUUAGUGAAUUGCACAAAAAGUGUUUUUUCCUAUUUUGAUAUUAAAACACCGGCGUUUGUUCAUUUAUAUUAUGGUGACAAUUUGUUAAUACGAUAUUGCUUAAUUUCUAUGAUAAAGUACAGGCAGUCUUCCUCAACCUAGUAGUAUCUCUCAUUUGCAACCAGUGUGAUAAUGCUUCAUGCUGGCUAAGAAUGAUGGGAGAUGUGGUCCAGCCCAUCUGGAGAAAUCUGGUUGGGAGACGCUAUGUUAGGGGAUGCUUUUUUUAAAAAAAAAUCAAAAUUAAAUUGUGCAUACUUUUUGAAAUGAAAUAAAUAAUGCAAAAAGGUGCUAUUAUUUUCCUAAGUGCUCUGUGUGGGUUGUAUCCAUGAUUAGUAGGAGCAGAAUAGAGAUUAGUGUGAGGGAUCUGCCAGUAGGGCUAAACCUCCUAAAAAUCAUCUGAAGGAUCUCUAAUGUAGGUCACAGAGGGCCCUUCCACACAACCCUAUAUCCCAGAAUAUCAUGGCAGAAAAUCCCACAUUAUCUGAGUGUGUGCUCAGAUAACCCAGUUCAAAGCAGAUAUUGUGGGGUUUUCUGCCUUGAUAUUCUGGGAUAUAGGGCUGUGUGGAGGGGUCCAGAGUUGGUAGAUGGAGGGACAAAAAGUCUAAGACAUCAGUUGAGGCAAUUUCCAUCAACAUCCAUCCCCCUCACACUAGUAUUGGAUACAAACCCAUAACAUUAUGCUUGCUUACAAAACAAACUUGGGCCUUCCACAUAGCCCUAUAUCCCAGAAUAUUAUGGCAGGAAAUCCCAAAAUAUCUGCUCUGAACUGUGUUAUCUAAGUCCACACUCAGAUAAUGUGGGAUUUUCUGCCUUGAUAUUCUGGGAUAUAGGGCUGUGUGAAAGGGCCCCCAAUUUGAGAAAGGAAAUUUGCAAAUUUGCUGGGAGAGCAAUUAAUAGACCAUAAACAUGUUUAGAAAAGAAUAGCCAGCAUAGACACAGGCCGCCAUUCUGCACCUUUUUUGGUUAAAUAUUGGUAGCUUUCUAGUUCGUUCUUGCUACAGUAAAAAUGGAUAGCAUGAACUGAAUUCGGAAAGAAAAAUGACCAUGAUGUUAAAGCUGAUAAAAUAAUGAAUUACAUGAAGUAAUGGAUUGCAAGAAUUUUUUUCUACAUAUUAUCUCUGAAUGUAUAUAUGGGAACAGGGUUUCUAAGGCUCAGUUGCAACAAAAAUGAGUCCGGUUUUCUCCUCCAGUUUCCUUAUUGAAAAUUUGAAUCUCCAUGUUGAUUGAAAUAUUUUAUGCUAAAAGCAAUUUCUCCACUGUGAAUUUUUCCUUCCCAUUGUGAUUUUGUGUAUAAUGAAAUGCACAACCCAUUCUGGAGUAAAAUUUCCUAUAGAUGUAUAGGUUUUAAAGUGGUUAUUUUAAAGAGCUAUACAAGGGAAAGAUCUGGUGGACAUGUUUUCUGUGAAAGCCACACAAAGUAAAUGUAGUUUUUAAAAGAGAAAUUUCCACUGGCUUAGUCUUUAGAUAGCUCAACAACUUUGUGACAAUAUAUAUGUACUGUACUAAAAGUUUGUAUUCUACUGUUUUGGAAAACAGUGUUCUUACUGCAAAAUAUCAUGGUCUGAAUAAAUGCUUGCUUGAUUUUUAUUCAGUAUUUGUUAACCAGGAUGUAAUUAGGUGUAACAUUUCAAACAGUUGUAUUGACAGUUGACCUUUGCAUUAUUAAUUUUCAAUACAGUUAAUAGUUGCAACUACACCUAAAUGCCUUUUGAGUGCCGUGCUACUUCCUUAUCAUUUAAAAAUAUUUAGGAUUUUUAAUUUGCACUCUCUUUUAAGAAACAACACCAAAAAAAUCUGUCUGUAGUAUAACUUAUGGUAUGUAUUCUACUUUGUUACCUGGUGAAUGAGCUUAUACUGACACUAG